UGUGCGCGAGCGCCGGUCAUUCAUUCUUCUGCUCAUUCACUCUCUCAUUCACUGAAGGAGCGUCGGUGCGUGCGGACGCGCGUGACUCCAGCUCAGCUCUCUGAAACUGCCGCUAACGCGGCGGUGUUAGGACUCAGCGCGAGAGGGGGAGAGUCAGCGAGCUGCUGUUAGACUCGGACUUUGAGCUUCAGUUCGUUCAAUUUCGCAGCUCCAUGCAAACCUCCGUCCUCGGCAUCCUGCUGUGUGGAGCGUCAGUGGCUCUGACUAUGUUUAACGUGUCAGAGGAGCGCUCCCAUUGCCCUCUGGGAUAUUUUCCCUGCGGUAACCUGAGCACUUGUCUGCCUCAGCUCCUGCACUGCAACGGUGUGGACGACUGCGGGAACCAGGCUGAUGAAGAGAACUGUGGAGACAACAACGGCUGGCCUCAUUUGUUUGACAAAUAUUUCGGAGUCCCCAGUAACGACCUCGGAACCAAAUCGAAUGCAUGUUUGCUUGGCUUCGUUCCAGCUGAGUGUCAGUGCAGGGAUUUGGAGCUGGACUGUGACGGUGCUCACUUUAAAAACGUCCCCACGGUCUCCAUUAAUGUCACCAUGAUGUCCUUGCAGAGGAACCGGCUGAGGAAGCUGAACGCUGACAUGUUCAUUAAGUACCAAAGUCUUCAGAAGCUAUACCUGCAGCACAACCGAAUCGAAGUGGUGGAACCCCAUGCAUUCCGGGGCCUUUACAACCUGACACGCCUGUAUUUGAGCCAUAAUCGAAUCUCCAGCCUAAUGCCAGGGGUAUUCCAGGACCUGCACAAGCUAGAAUGGCUGAUUCUGGAACACAACAAAAUCCACCGCAUAUCCUCUCUGACCUUCUCUGGCUUGCGCUCUCUCGUGCUGCUCGUUCUGUUGAACAAUGCACUAACGAAGCUUGAUGACGUUUGUCUGGAGAUGCCGCGAUUAAACUGGCUAGAUAUGGAGGGGAAUCAGAUCGAGGUUGUGGAGAAUAUGACUUUCUGGUCUUGUAGCAUGCUAACAGUGCUGGUCCUCCAGAGAAACAGAAUUAGUCACAUCCAUGAACAGGCUUUCUCUGUGCUCCGCAAGUUGGGCGAGCUAGACUUAUCCAGCAACAGGAUCAAGGCGAUCCCACCCAAUCUCUUUGUAAAUCUGGGGGACUUGUUGCAGCUGAACAUUUCAUAUAACCCGAUCCAGGACCUGCAAAUGGACCAUUUCGACAAACUGCAUAAAUUAAAGUCUUUGAGCAUCGAGGGGAUCGAGAUUGGGAACAUUCACAGAAGGAUGUUUGAACCUCUCAAAAACCUGACUCACAUCUACUUUAAGAAGUUCCAGUAUUGUGGUUAUGCCCCUCAUGUGCGCAGCUGCAAGCCCAACACAGAUGGCAUCUCAUCCUUUGAGGACCUGCUGGCCAAUAUUGUCCUGCGAGUCUUCGUCUGGGUCGUCUCUGCCACCACCUGCUUCGGCAACAUCUUCGUCAUCUGCAUGCGCUCCUACAUCCGCUCUGAGAACAAGCUCCAUGCCAUGUGCAUCAUUUCCCUGUGCUGUGCUGAUGGUUUGAUGGGUGUCUACCUGUUCGUGAUUGGGGCGUAUGACCUGAAGUUCCGCGGAGAGUAUAAUCGUCAUGCCCAGGCAUGGAUGGACAGUGUGCCGUGCCAAGUGGUGGGCUCUCUGGCCAUGCUGUCCACAGAGGUGUCCGUCAUGCUUCUCACUUACCUCACUUUAGAGAAGUACAUCUGCAUCGUCUACCCCUUCCGCUACCUGACCCCUGGACGGCGUCGCACUGUCACUAUACUGGUGGCCAUCUGGAUUCUGGGCUUUAUCAUUGCUUUCUUACCUCUGGUGUGUAAAGAGGUGUUCCGGAACUUCUAUGGCACCAAUGGAGUCUGUUUUCCCCUGCAUUCAGAACAGCCAGAGACUGCAGGAGCACAGAUCUACUCUAUUGUCAUCUUUCUGGGCCUGAACCUGGUGGCGUUCCUCAUCAUUGUGUUGUCCUAUGGGAGCAUGUUUUAUAACAUCCAGAGGACAGGGACCCAGACGACCAAAUACAGCAACCACAUAAAGAAAGAACUGACUAUAGCCAAACGCUUCUUCUCCAUUGUCAUCACAGAUUCACUUUGCUGGAUUCCCAUUUUCAUCCUCAAGAUCUUAUCACUUAUGGAGGUGGAAAUCCCAGGAACCAUCAGCUCAUGGGUGGUCAUCUUCAUCCUGCCCAUAAACAGCGCUCUAAACCCUAUCCUCUACACGCUGACCACACGGCCCUUCAAGGAGACCCUAAUGCAGGUGUGGUCGAACUACAGACAGCGAAGGCCACUGCUCAGCAAUCACCCGGCCCACCUGCCUUCUUUCACCUGGCAGGAGAUGUGGCCCCUUCAGGAGACCAGCCAGAACCUGACCUCACCCGAAUACCUGGCACACCCUUCUGAAAUGUCCUGCACAUCUGGGACGUCCCACCUUCUGCCUGCCGAGGAAAUGAACAGGACAUGAUGCUUUAUGGAGAGAUCCUGCCGACUACGCCACCUCAUGGCCCGUUCAUACAAUGCAGACUCCUUUGUAUGGUUAUAUGCAUGACCAGGCUCAAUUCGAGGGUGUCAGAGUGAGGAACAAGUGUUUUGUACUGAAUUUGUUUUGUUGGUAAGCCUGUGAAAAGGCUUGGUCAGUUUGUUUACACUUAGACUACCGUAAUGAUGGCAGGUGAUCAGAAACUAGUGUUGGAUGAUGAACUCAGAAAUGGCUGUUCGUCCUUAUUCUUUGGAAUCUUGUUAGUUGUAGUGGCUUGCAUGUCUUUUGUCCAUGAGAGUCAUGAGUGAUUGUUGGGUGGUCAAAAUCUGCAAAGAUGUUUUGUGUUCUUCUCAGUGGCGUAACCAGAAUUAUAUGAGCCCCAGCACGAAAGGUUCCCUAACUCUAUUAAAAAACGACUCACCUAAGUUGAUGCUCUCAAGGUAUUGCACUACAUUGGAUACAGCAUUGGAUUACCAUUAAAAUCAACAUUAAACUAAAUGUUUGACGACCUAUUUGGAUAAAUAAUCAUAUUUAGCCCAUUCUGAUGCCACAAUCUAAUUGGUUGAGAAGUGUUCUUAUUUAUGACAACAGCUUGUUUUUUUUUCACAAUAAUUCUGAGUACCUUUUGCUAAGUAGCACCUCACAUUUGGGGGUCCUUAGAUGACACCUUUUCAAACAUGAGACCACGUUUUUGUGCUUAAAAAACUAGACACACCUCUUAAGGGGCAAGUUAAUGUAUUGGGCUAAGUAAAACAUGAGAAGUUGGCACACUUAAUUAUUGAUACAUACUUUAAAAAGAUGGUUGUUCAAGGGUUCUUUAGUGAGAAAAUGGUUCUACAUAAAACCAUGAACACCCAAAGAGCCAUUUGUAUGAUUAGAGAAUGCAUUGUAUACAGAUAUACAUAGAAACUUUUUGAAAAGGGUUCCAUAUAG